ACUGCACUCCACACCAGGCCUGGGGACCUUGAGGAGUGCCUCACCACCUGCCACCGCACCCCACGCCAGGCCUGGUGACAUGAGGCGGCUGCACACCCCCGCGCUGUUGCUGCUGCUGUGGCUGAUGUUUGGGACUCAGGAGGCCAAGCCCUCAAGAGCCUGCGGACGCCCCAGGAAGCUCAGCCGAUUGGUGGGCGGGCAGGACGCCUUGGAGCGCGAGUGGCCGUGGCAAGUCAGCAUCCAGCGCAAUGGGAGCCACUUCUGCGGGGGGAGCCUCCUCACCGAGCGGUGGGUCCUCACUGCGGCCCACUGCUUCUCCAACACCUCAGAAACAUCCCUGUACAGAGUCCUGCUCGGGGCCCGCCAGCUGCUGCAGCCAGGGCCCCACGCCGUGUACGCCCGCGUGAAGCGAGUGGAGAGCAACCCCCUGUAUCGCGGCAUGGCCUCCAGUGCUGACGUGGCCCUGGUGGAGCUGGAGGUGCCCGUGACCUUCACCGACUACAUCCUCCCAGUGUGCGUGCCAGACCCAUCCAUCAGCUUCACGCCAGGCAUGAACUGCUGGGUCACCGGCUGGGGUAGCCCCAGUGAGCAAGACCGCCUGCCCAACCCACGGAUCCUGCAAAAACUCUCGGUGCCCAUCAUCGACACGCCCAAGUGCAACCUGCUCUACAGCAAAGGCACCGAGUCCGACUUCCAGCCCAAAGCCAUCAAGGAGGACAUGCUGUGCGCUGGCUUCGCUGAGGGCAAGAAGGACGCCUGCAAGGGCGACUCUGGAGGCCCCUUGGUAUGCCUCGUGGACCAGUCGUGGGUGCAGGCUGGUGUGAUCAGCUGGGGUGAGGGCUGUGCCCGCCGUAACCGCCCUGGUGUCUACAUCCGGCUGACUUCCCACCACAACUGGAUCCACCGGAUCAUCCCUGAGCUGCAGUUCCAGGGCCGGGCAGGCGGCCAGUGGCGUGACCCUCAGGGCCAGCGGCGCGUGGGGGAUGCAGCGCCCUGCCUGGCGGCUCCUGCGCUCCUGCUCAUCCUGGCGGCCAUGCUCUCAGUCCUCUGAGCCUGGCCCAGGAGGGCCGGUGGAGCCGCUUCCAGUGGACUUUUGUAAAUAGUUCUUUAUUGUCCCUUCAAAUACCCAGUUAUUUUUAUUUACAUUCAUCUCCAAUAAAAAGUGCCAGCUGUCCAAGUGGGGAUCACUGGGGGACUGGCGGAUGGUGGAGGAUUCCCAGUGCUCGGUCCCUGGCAGGGCUGGAAUGUCGCCAGGCCCCAGGGCGGAGGGGUUCCUCUGGCUCUUUCCCACCAUGUGUGCCAAGGGCUGCCCAGGGCUGGCACUGCACAGGAAGACGCAGGGAGAAAGUGCACCGCAGGCCGCAGGUACCCAGCAGGCAUGCCGAGGGCCAGUCUCCUCCCCCAGCCUGCUUCCACGCCCCACUCCACCUUUUCCAGCCAAGUCAGCACAACUUGGGGUGUGGGGCCCUGCGCCUCCUGUAACACCAAAGGCGUGGCCUCACAGUCCCAGGGCAACCUGUGGGCUUGGAGUCUGGAACAACCUGUGGAGAGGGAGGGGACUAGGGACUAGGCAGACACACAUAUGC